UAGGUCACAAUUUGGAUCCGCGAGAGCUCUUGUCCAUCUCAGCGAGAGACGUCAUCUCCAACAAAAACCCCCAGAACAAUGUGUUGUUUUUCAGUGUCACAGUAACAUCAAAUAUAUACGAAAUCUUAUUACGUAUUUUAAUAGUAACAUAGUGGUGCUCAGAUACAUUCCCAUAAAUAUUGGUAAAAAUGUUUGAUUUACGUUUUUCUGCAAGAUACCCAGUGGUAUUUCUUAAGUACUUGUUACUUCUGGCAGUUUUGAGAACAACACUUGUGAAUUCAAGAGUUCCUGAAUCUCCAACAACCACUGUCGCAGUCAUCAACAGUACCGCCAUAUUGGUGCAAUGGGUGCCAUCGCGACGUGACGGCUGCGCUCGAGAGAUCAACGGCUACGUGGUCGUGUACGGAAAGCUCACGGACAUGGGCCUUUUGACUGACAGCAUGCACACGAUCAGCAUCCACAAUCCCGACAGGCGCUUUCUCAUCUUAAACGUAGACCCUGGUGUGACGUAUGGCGUAUCUGUCGGAGCAUUUUCCCGAAAUCUUGCGGGACCGAUCAGCGCACCUAAGUUAAUAAACACGGUGAGGUAACUCUGUUGGAAUCCAUUGCAUUGCUGUCAACAUGAAGUGUUACAGAAUGCAUAUGUAUGUGAACAUUUAAAGGGGUGAAUAUCCGAUAUGACCAAUGUUGUGACACCAGCUGUUUUAAUUUUAUUGUCUACGUUUAAGUAGACAAUAACACAUUCAGCUCUAUGGAUAAUAUAUCAGCAUUUGUCUACUGUAGCGAGAAAUUAUCAUUUAAUAAAAGACAUCGGAAAGUACGUUGUCGGUCAUCCCUGGAUGGACGUACUUGAACAUUACAUUGAGGCACGUGAACAGAAUGACUAUGCCUACACUGGAAAAAAAUCAAUCAUGUUAAUUUUAUUUGUAUUUGUAGUCAUUAGGUAUGCAUUAUAAUUCGGCUGUAUAAUCCUCCGCCCACCUAUCUUAUUGCUAGAUUCAUUCAAUUUGAUUGUGGAAUGGUAGAAAUAGUUUAUUGCUGGAUAUAUACAAACUUACAUAAUAUCAUUUGCAAUCUUCCAUUUCCAGUGGUUUUUAAACUUAUGUACGUUAUGAUAAUAUCUAAGAAUAACUUGUAUACAAAUUUUCAUGCACAAGUCAUUCAGUGAUGUCAAAUAUGCCAACAUUUCUUUCACAGACACCUGAAGUCAUAUUUUUAAAAUCUCAGUUCUCUAAUGCAAUAACUUAGUGGGGUUGGGUUUUUUUUUUUUACAAACUGUUUAAACUUACAUGACUUGAUGAGUUAAGUUUACAUUGUUACUGCAUAAAAACAAACGAAUACACAAAUAUUCCUUCUAUUUUUAAAACCUCAAAUGUUUUAUCAAAUUACGUAAAGCAAGAAUAUUUUCUGAACAAAAAAAUAAUUUUUAUUCAUUUCUGUAAGCAACAACGGUUAAUUAUCAAAUAUUUUGCGUAAGCAACAACAGUUAUCAUAUAUAUUGUAUUGUAUAUACAUGUACAAGAAAAGCACAAACAUAAGUUUAACAAAUCGAGAUUACACAUAUUCAGAAACAAUUACAAGUAAUAUAAUCACAUAUAUACAACAUCUAACACACAGCUGAUAAAUGCAAGAUGGGGUUACACGAUUACCAUAUCAUUUUAUGCCUGUAUUAUUAUCUUGAAAUAUCUAUAUACGGUGUCUAGACGUACAUAACUGAUUAAUACACGGCAUCGUACUCGAUGGAGGUGUUUUCUUCUUCAGGUAUACACUGUAACUGCAAAACAUAUUUUACAACAUACUGUCAAGUAUUGGGUCCAAAACACACUGAAGCUGGCAAGUGGCACUGUCAGAAUAUAACACGUUCUAUGUCGUCUGCUGCCAGAUCUGUAGUUCGCGCCAGCACAGACGCGGUGUGUAUUGCCUCAUCGAUUCUAUGUGUUUCUAUUUGGAACGGUACCAUACUCGCCAGACACAGACUCAGACCCAGCUCCAGUGUGUUUUGGACCUAAAACACACCCGAAUUCCAGUUACUAGUAUACAAACGAUUAAAAAACCAUAUAUCA